GUAAAAAUUCGAAAUAAAAAAUCAAAAAAUAAAAGUUUCAUGUGAAAAUUAAAUUUCAAAAUUUUAAGUUUAUCCACUCAAGACAAUGCCGCCACGCAAAGGUAAAAAGAGUAAAAAACAACGCGAAAUCGACUGGACAGCCGAUGCGUACUUUGACAAGAACCGUUCCAUGAUCUACAUUGAGCACACACUGGAGUGUCCCAUCUUUCAAACUAAGGCUGAAGAAUUCGCGGCAUAUGUAGCAGCAGAGGCACCACAGCGCAUCAUACAACUCGUACGCAAUCACAAUGGCAAAGUACCGCCGAGACCGGGCGCCUUUGAGAUUGGCUUUUCACAGAAUGCGCGCACCUCGGUACAUCAACUGUGGUCGGGUUUGGAUAAAGGCCCACCGAGACGUGAUAAAUUUCCACCUGACUAUGUGCCGCUGAUGCAAGAAAUCAAUAAAGUAUUGAAAAAAUUCUACCCCGAUGCCAUUGAAAAAGAUCCACUGGAGGGUUUGGACGAUGAUGAGCCGCCACAGGCGUAUGCUUAGCUGAAUUUUUUCGAUUAUUCAAUAAUACAGUCGGCACGGGGAGCGAUAUGCGCUUACUCAAGCAAAAUCAGCUCGCAUUUUACUAAAUUAUAUAUUUUAUUAAAAUUUAAAACAUCAA